UCAGAGAGCACUCUGACGUUGAGGAAACCGAAACCCGCCGAGCUCACCUGUCAGGUCACCUGACUCAGGUGGACAAAAGUAACGUGCUCGGAAGCCGUUUCGAAACGUUUUCGCGACUCCGAAAUCGGAAACCGAGCGAAUAAUUCGUUCAUUUUUAUUUCCACCUUCUCUUGAGACGUUCAGGUGCCCUCGGAAAGUCCAAGUUCUUCUGCGUUGGGUACGCGCGUUAAAACUGCGAGACGCUUCCGGGUUUGAAAGUUGAAUAAAGUCACUCCUAAACGUAUUUGUUGGUGAAUGUAUCCCGGAGUCAACAUGGACAUGGAGAUGCAGAAUGUUAGGAGCAACAUGGACAUGGAGAUGCAGAAUGUUAGGAGCAACAUGGACAUGGAGAUGCAGAAUGUUGGGAGCAACGGAAGCGAGGCGGCGGCACGUCAGAUGGUGACCACCACAGGAAAUGGGGAGGGCCACACCCACAGGGGCCCCCAGUCAGCUGAGACGGGGAGUCUGCUGCAAGCUCAGUGUAACGGUGGCAGCGUGGAGAUGAAGUCUGAUAGACGUGUGCUCGCACUCAGGGGCCCUCAGGAUAGCGCCAUCUGCAAAAUGCAAAAGGAGCUGAAAGAUGUAGUCUGCUGGAAAAUACCUCUGUGGAUGUUACUGCUCUUCCUCCUCCUCAUCAUGGUCGCCAUCGUCUUCAUCACUCUGGCCCUCUGCCCUGUUUUUCACCAGGACGUAGAUGAGAAGUUUGACCCCUCGACCUUCAACAUUUCUCGCCUCUUCAAGGGCAACUUCAGUCUCCUUGACCUGCCGUUCAGCGACGACCUCCUGGUGCCGUCGUCCAAUCAGAGCCGAGCUCUCAGCCGUGACCUGCAAGGCAAGCUGACCGUGGUCUACAGCGCCUCUCCUGCUCUGAGCCGCUACUUCUCCAAAGCCGAGGUCCACGCCUUCAGGAACGGCUCGGUGGUGGCCGAGUACCGGCUGACCUUCCUGAUGCCGGAGCAGCAGGAGGAGCAGCUGAGGAGGUUCACCUUGAGCAGGGAGAUGGUCUACAACGUGCUCAGGCAGUCCCUGCAUCAGCAGGAGGACCACGGCACCUACAUCGACCCGCUCUCCCUCACCUUGGUCUGAGGCCUAGGGGGUUCUUCCCAUCUUCUUUGAGACACUUCAAUAGGUACACCUGCACAGGAGAGAUCCACCAAUAUCAUUAUCGACCUUGAUAUCUGGCAUUUUGACGUGUUCUUACCACAACUACAUCAGCUGAUAUCAUCAACUUUCUUUUUUAUCCGUAAUGUUUUGUGUUCAAUAGCGGAGCAGAGGACGGAAAUGAUGUUAUUGUGUGCUGUGGCGCCAUCUUGUGGACGAGUUGGCUCACUGCAGUUUUAUCUGCCCUCAGAUGCAUUUCAGUGUUUCUUUACAUACACUGUAAACUAAAAAAAACGUACAUUUUGCGGUUAAAAAAAGGCAGCACAGUUGCUAAAAUGUACCACAAUCAGGCAUGUUAUUUUACCGUCUUUUUUUGAUCUCUGUAAAAAUAUAAAAAUACAAAUUUUCUUUUAUUUUUUCCGACCUACAAUGUGUUAAAAUCUUGAUCUGUCUCUUUGCCAUAAGGACGGUUUUCCCGUAAAGAGUGCGGUUUUUGAUCAUCCCGUGGUAAAAACUGGUUUUACAAUAAAAAUUAUGAAGUUAAAAAUGGAAUC